CUACUGAAGAUAACCGUGUUCAAGCGGUUACUGGUUCUACUGGUCACUGUGCUCCUGUGAAGAAAGAUGAGUUAAUAACCGGUUAUAUUGCUGGAGUACCCAUUACUUUCCUCAUUGACUCUGGAGCGGAAGUCAAUACAAUCAGCGACUCAAAUUUCAAAUUUCUAAUGAACCACAGUGAUUCCAGAGAAUCAUUGUUUUCUAUCUCGAUGGGUGCGGACGUUCCUCUUAAAGCGUAUGCCUCACCUAAUGAAAUACCGGUGAUUGCAUCGUUCGUAGCAGAACUAACUAUUUCCCAAGAUCGUCCUACUUGUAUGGAGAAAUUUUAUGCGGUUUCUAAUGGUAGAGCAUUGCUAGGUAGAAGCACAGCUCUUAGAUAUAGUGUCCUACAAUUGGGUUUGCAUGUUCCAAUAUCAAAGUUUGAAGAAAAUUCUGAUACUGAAAAAGGGUUUCCGGGUGAGAUAUGGGCAGUUUCUUCAGAAGAAUUUCCUAAGUUCAACGUACCACCAGUUCAACUUUCUUAUGACAGGAGUCUGCCCCCAACAAGAAACGUAUUCACAAGUAUCCCUCCAGCGUUCAAGGAAGAGACAUCUCGCAGACUUCAAGAUUUACUGUCGUCAGGAAUUAUAGAAGAGGUUACCGAAGAAAUGGACAAAGCUUUUUGUUCAUCUCUACUUGUGGUACCAAAAGGAAAAUCGGACAUAAGAUUGGUUGUAGACCUGCGGGGACCUAACAAAUGUAUCAUUCGUACCCCUUUUAAAAUGCCCACGCUAGAAUCGAUUUUAGUAGACCUGAAUGGAGCGUCUUGGUUCUCGACAGUAGAUCUUACAAGCGCCUUCUUCCACGUGGAAUUACAUAGCAAUUCCAGGCAUCUAACCAAUUUUUUCGCCGGAAACGGAAUUUAUCGAUUCGUGAGGUUGCCUUUCGGACUCUGUAACGCACCUGAUGUGUUUCAGGAGAUCCUUCAAACCAUUGUUCUAGCUGAUUGUAAAGGAACCCGGAACUAUCUGGACGAUAUCCUCGUCUAUGGCAAAUCAAAGAGCGAGCAUGAUGAGAACCUUAACGAAACCCUUCAACGCUUGAAGAACCACAAUGUUCGUAUUAAUAUGAAAAAAUGCGUUUUUGGGCAAGAAUCGGUCAAAUUUCUGGGUUUCGUGUUGUCAAAAGAUGGGAUGAAGGUGGAAGAUGAAAAACUCAAAGCGGUCAAACAGUUUCGCAGACCCGAGACACAGCACGAAGUCAAGAGUUUUCUUGGUCUUGUGAAUUUUACUGAAAGAUUUAUACUUCAUCGUGCGGACAAGACUGAAAAACUUAGGUCUCUAGCCAAGUCUGAUCAUUUUUACUGGACUUCUGCAGAGGAGUAUGAGUUCAAUUUUCUCAAAGAGCAAGCACUUCAAGAAAUAGUACGUCUAGGUUAUUUUAGAGAAUCAGACAGGACUGAACUUUUCGUUGACGCAUCUCCAUCAGGGUUAGGAGCUGUCUUAGUUCAGUACAACGAGAAAGAUGUACCCCGUAUAAUCUCUUGUGCAUCUAAAGCGUUAUCUGAUAUUGAAAAGAAAUACCCACAAACCCAACGGGAGUCGCUUGCUGUCGUUUGGGGAAUAGAAAGAUUCACAUAUUACUUGACAGGCAAAUUCUUCACCGUUAGGACUGACUCGGAAGCGAAUGAGUUUAUUUUUGGUAACUCACACAGAAUAAGUAAAAGAUCAAUUUCGAGAGCGGAAUCUUGGUCGCUAAGACUGCAGUCUUAUAAUUUCGAAAUAAAGCGAGUACCAGGUCAUUUAAAUGUUGCUGAUGCCCUCUCCAGAUUAAUUGGCAAAACACAAAUCGAUGAACCUUUUGAUGAGACAAGCGAGAAGCAUCUGCUUUAUUCGAUAAAUUCCGGUACUAUGGAUAUUUCAUGGCAAGAUAUCGAAGUAGCAUCCGAAUCAGAUGAAACAUUGAAUGAAGUCAGAAAAUCAAUUCAGACCGGUAAAUGGCCACCUAAUCUGACCCAUUUUCAAGCUCAUUUUAAAGAAUUUCGUUCCGUCGGCUCAACUUUAUUCAGAAACGAUAAAAUUGUUCUCCCAAAAAAUUUGCAUGCUUCCGCUCUUGAAUCCGCUCAUCAAGGCCAUUUAGGUGGUAGCGCUAUGAAGCGUAUUAUGCGCGAAUAUUUUUGGUGGCCCAACAUGAACAAAACUAUUGAAGUCUAUGUGAAAAACUGCCAGACCUGUUUGAUACUCUCUCGCAAAAACCCCCCGAUUCCAUUAUCAAGCCGUGAUCUCCCCGAAGGACCGUGGGAAAUACUACAAGUGGAUUUCUUGUCGAUAAAAGGAUUCGGUUAUGGAGAACUGUUGAUGCUCGUCGACACCUACUCGCGGUAUUUAUGUGUCGCUGAAAUGAGGCAGACUGAUGCAAAAUCUACCAACCGGGCACUUUCAGAGAUUUUUUACCAAUGGGGUCUACCACUCAUUCUCCAAAGCGACAAUGGCCCCCCUUUCCAAAGCGACGAGUUUAAAGAAUUUUGGCAAAACAAGGGAGUGAGAGUGCGAAAGUCUAUUCCACUGUGUCCCCAGUCAAAUGGAUCUAUAGAAAGACAGAACCAAGGAGUUAUAAAGGCAUUAGCUGCUGCCAAAAACGAAGGGAGAUCUUGGAAGAGUGCACUGUUUGAAUACGUUCAUGUUCACAACACCAAGAAACCACACGCCAGACUCGGGAUUACUCCAUUCGAAUUAUUAGUCGGCUGGCAAUAUCGAGGUGUGUUCCCAUGCCUGUGGGAUGUCAGAGAAAACCAAAUUGAUCUUCAAGAGAUUCGUGAUCGGGACGCUGUUUCGAAGUUGGUAAGCAAGAAAUAUGCAGAUUCUCAUAGAGGAGCCAUGGAGUCAGAGAUAAAGGAAGGCGAUACUGUAGUUAUGUUGGUCCAGAAGAAAAGUAAGACAGACCCUACAUAUUCCAAAGAAAGGUAUAUUGUUUUGAAACGAAUAGGAGCAAAGGUAGUUAUUCGUAGCGAUCGCGGCGUUCAAUAUGAACGGAACGUGCAGGACGUCAAAAUAGUACCACCUACUGUUAUUAACCUUGAAGACGAUGGCACGCACGGUUCAGAUUAUGUAGACGAUAACUACGAGGUGGUGAUGCCAAAUAACGAUCAAGAUAUUGCCCUCAAUAACGAAGAAGACGAUCAAUCCUUAUCAAAUGACAACGACGGUAACAUCGUAGCCAAUCGAUCCUUGGAUUCUGAACUGAAUUCUACAACCCGACCGAGAAGAAACAUAAGAAAACCUGAAAAAUUCAAAAAUAUGUUCCUAUACCAUGUUUUCAGUUAGAGUAGGAGAGAAGGAAGAUGUAGGAACAAUAGCUUAGAAAUAAUAAUAAUAAAAAAGUUAAAUUAAAAAUGUUAGGUUUCGAAAAAUGAAAUAUCUGGUCACACUGGUACGCCGGCGGCUCACUGAUGAGCCGUUGACAGAAAUCUACGGCAGAGAAAAAGGGAACGCAAAAGAGAAAUUAACGGCAGAGAAAGAGGGAAAGUAAAAAGGAUAUUUAACGGCCGAUGUAAAAAAGGAAGGAGAAAAUAAAUCAGUUUGUACAAGGUUGUU